AUGAUGAAAUCCUUAUAACCCACUAUUGAAAUAAAAUUGCGUGAUGUGUUCAUUGAUCCCCAUCUACGAGUGAGUCAACGAAUCUUCUGUUUAGGAACAAUUUUCCUACUGUGCACUAUUGUGCUGAUAUUAUUUUUGUUUUUGUUGCUUGGAUUCAAUCGAGUGUUGCAUGAUAUCGAUGCACAAGAGCAUCAGGAUAAACAAGGAUUGCAUAUGAUACCAAGUUUUGGCACCGGUGUCGAUAAUAAUAUAUUGAAUCUCAGCAGAGACAACGUGGCAAAAAGCCGCUAUGUUGAAACGAUCCGUGACUAUCUUGAGCGUUACAAGAAGGAGCAGGUGUCGCGAAAGAACUUCACAAAAGAGUGUAGUCCAUUAGAAAAACCUCAACACGCCUGGUGCGAAUUUCCGUUGAAAAUAUUCGAAGAUGCCGGUUGUACAGCUAUUAACCGUUUUGGAUACGAUAGUGGAGAGCCCUGUCUACUAUUUGAGCUAAAAUUGGUGGGUUAA